CCACAGUUAGCUAAUAUAUGCUUUAAUCCCUUACAAUUCACUCACGCUGCUAGAUUCGCUGCUAGAUUCAAUUAAUCUUCUCUUCUGUUUGUAGUUUCAGUCUUUCUGUCCAUGGCCAAUUCUUCAUCACUUCAAGAAAUUGUAGAAUGCGAUGCCUUCGAUGGAAUUGCACCUGCACACCUAAAAGGCAAAUCAGCCACAUCUCCAAGAUUGUUUGAUGUGUUUAUCAAUCAUCGAGGUCCAGAUGUGAAGCACACUCUGGCUCUUCAACUUCACAAAUCUCUUACGGAUUUGGGGUUGAAGGUAUUUCUUGAUUCCGAAGAGAUGGAACUGGGUGAAGCUUUUCCUUGUACCGUUCAUGAUGCCAUCUGCUCUUCUUUAGUUCAUAUUGCCAUAUUCUCUAAAAGAUAUGCCGAGUCUGCCUGGUGUUUAGCCGAGCUUGAUCUCAUGUUACACACUAAAUGUAAGAUCAUUCCUGUAUUUUAUGAUGUGGCCCCUCUGCACCUCCGCCACAUUGAAAAAGGAGUGUAUGCAGAAUCAUUUUUCAAGCAUAAGGAAAAGGGCAGGUACCUGAGCAAACUUGAGCAAUGGAAACAAUCUCUUCACACAGUUUCUUUUAUCUCUGGCUACGAACCAAACGAAAACAAUUGGUAAGUCUCUGUAUAUUUAGGUUUGUAAUCUAUUUUUUUUUAAUUAUUGAUAGAUUUUUUUAUAUGGGAGAGAGGCAGAGGAAAACAAUAAAUUAGAACAGAGCAAAUAAAAUAGAGAUAAACAGAAAAUUAUAUUUCUAUUUCUUUAUGCGUUCAAAAAAUAUUCAGAUGUUGCAGCUCAUUUUGCUGCUCACAUAUUAGAAGCAAAAUCCCCUGUUCAAAUUAAUAAAAAAGUUGUUGCUACAGCCACAAUCACCUGCUCUAUUUUGGCACAUGCCCCCCUGUUUUCAAAAAACACUGCCCUGCCUCUUUCUAUUAGCUUACUGAUAUGAUACUUCUAGAUGUUUCCAGCAAAGGAGGGAAAAAAAACACUUUAUAUUUUAUUUAAAUUUGAGUUUGGUUGUAGUAUAUGAUAAUCCCAAGUAGAUUCAAGAUUGCGAUCAAAUUUUUAAACCAAAAAUUCUCCGCCAUAUCCAAGAUGGGGAGAUUGAAAAGACUGCAGUGCAGGGAUAGGACAGUCUACGAUAGGUGAGGUAAAAGAAAGUAGUUGGGAUCAUCAUAUAACAUUUUACAGUGAUUUGGAGAAGAUGUGUAAAAUGGUAGUGUCAGCUGUCCGAAAAGAGGUAGAGAAGACAAACCUUCUAGAAGUUGCAAAAUGUCCAGUAGGGUUGAAUGAACUAGUUGAAGAUUUUAAAAGUUGGCUGUGUCUCAACGCCAAGGAGAGUGGCAACAUCCUUGGCAUUUACGGAAUGGGUGGAAUCGGCAAAACAACUCUUGCCAAAGAACUGUAUAACCUUAAGCGUUCAGAAUAUAAAGCAUCUUGUUUUUUGUUUGAUGUGAGAGAAGCCUCUGCCAGACGUGAUAUGCCCUCCCUUCAAAGUAAGCUUCUGAAAGAUCUUGGUGAGGAGAAUCAUCCUAAAUUUUGUAGUCAAGAGGAAGGAAAAACUUAUCUCAAAAAUCGUUUAGGAAAAAGGAGGGCCUUCCUGAGGUGUUUAGUUGUUGUGGACGAUAUUGAUCACCCUGAUCAAUUGGGUGCUCUAUUGGUCAUGGAUAUGCUGAGUACGGAUAGUUUGGCAAUUGUGACAACUCGUGAUGAGAGUGUCCUAGUGCAGGCCGGAAUUACUGCUCGUUAUAGGGUGAAAGAAAUGAAUCCAAUUUAUAGCAGGCAGCUCUUCUGUUGCCAUGCAUUUGGCCGCCCAGAUCCUAACCUAGGAUAUGAGGAUCUCGUGGAGCGUUUCGUUAAAGGGUGUGGGGGUUUACCUCUGUCCCUCCAAGUGAUCGGUCGACUUGUUUUUGGUAGGAAUGAUAAGCAAUACUGGGAGUUAACAUUGGAUAAAGUUAGAAAUGCCCUUCCAGGAGACAUCAAGCAAAUACUUCAAAUAAGCUCUGAGACACUGGAUAGAGAGCAACAACAAAUUUUUAUGGAUAUCGCAUGUUUCUUUAUUGGUGAAGAGACAAAUAUGGCCAUAAAAAUAUGGGACAGAUCUGGAUGGCAUGCAGAACACUCACUUCAAAUGUUAAAAGAAAAGUGCCUUGUUGAAGAGGAAAGCAGUGUUAACAAGUUUAAAUUGAGAAUGCACGACCACCUACGUGAUUUGGGACGAGAAAUGGCAGAUGACUCGAGCCAUCCUCGUCGCAUAUGGCGUCCUCAACAUCUUAGUACACUGGAAUUAGAGGGAUUAAAAAAAAUCCUAGCCACCACCAAAUAUAGUGCUUUUAGAUGUCUCAAUUCAAUUUUUGACAGGUCUAUUGGUUCUCAAAUUACAUAUUUUUUGGGUAAUAGAGAUGAUCGUGCUGAGACAUCAACUGCUUUGUUAUGGCUUGAGCUGGACCUGAAUUGGGAUUCGUACAGGAGAAUCCCUUCUUGGAUUCCUUUGCAAAAUUUGCAGUCUUUGAAAAUUAAGAGAGGACAUGUUACAAGAUUAUGGCAGCGCAAUUUACAGGCAACAUUUAAUUUGAAAACUCUGCUUCUUGCAUCAAUGCGAGAGUUUACAAAAUCAUUAGAAAUGUUACCUCACUUGGAACACUUAGCCUUGCAAGGAAUUGCGGCAUACCAUAUGGAAAAUUCAGAAAGGGAGCGGAGAAUGAAAAGUAGCUUGAAAAAUCUAUUCUUAACAGGGGGACUGGUAAUUGAAGCAGGGGAGUUAUCAAAGUCCCUCAGAAAGCUCACCAAUCUAAGAAUUUUAGUUUUGAGAGAUUGCAUAUUGAUUGGAACAUUGGCUUUCAACAGCAGUGGAUCAGAGUUAACUGAUAUCGUGUAUUCUCAAAAUAGUUGCACGAGUAGCCUUGAAAUCAUAAAGAUGUAUAAUGUAAAGCAGAUUUCCAAGGUUUCAAUUAGUGGAAAACAUUGUCCCAGACUUGAAUCUUUGCAUCUUGUAUCCAUGGAAUCUCUGAUUGAACUGAACAUAACAGGGGUAACAACACCACAUUUUCUUGCAUUGGAAGAUUGUAAGAGAUUGGAAAGAGUAUCAGGAAAUUUUUAUCUGGCAAAGCUUGUAAUAUUGGAUUGUCCGAAGCUUCAAGAGCUGCCCAGCCUAGCGAAUUCACGUUUCCUAGAGAGCAUUUCCGUAGCUAGGUGUCGUUGGCUGCUUAUAGGAGGACUUCCGACAGCAUCAAAAUAUCAACAUUAUCAUGCUGACUUUAAUAUUAAAAGUUUCCUUCCCAAUGAGAUCGCGCCUUCAGAAUUGACGAGCAUAAUUGGGAAAGCAACUCCUGGGGUGCAGUCUGCUUUAAAUGCAGAUCUCUUUGAUUAUUAUUUCAUUAAGGCAAUCGACAAAAUGAGAAUAAAUAGAAGAGGGAGGGCGGAGGUGUCAUUGAAAGCGCCGCAUUUAUGUAGUGCAAUAAUUGUAUGUGUUGUUCUUCGAAGCUCUCAUGGAGAAGUUGUCCGGAUCAGGAUGCCCGAGGGUGAAUCCAUAUGUUGCUUUUUGUACGAAGGAGAAUGGGUGUGGACUAUUGCUGUUAGAGAUCCUGUGCUGAUAGAGCAUGCACAGCAUUAUAUUGCCAAUUCCUAUUGGAUUCCGACAAUGGAUUAUUCUCGUUUCGACCGUGGAGUAAAGAAGGGGUUUGUCUGCACCAUCGACAUGAGUGGAAGAGAUCACUGCCCUCAGUUGUUGUCUACAAUUAUUAAUCAGCUAUACCUGUAGGUUAAUAAUUAGCUGAUUUUUGAAGAUGUAUAUCUUAUUUUGGA